UUUAGUUUCUGAACUUUUGACAUACAAAGAUAUUUUCUGCUAUCCCUAAACACAAAACACAUGUUUACGUUACUGAUGUCGUCUCUUAGGUCUCUGUUAUCUUCGCAUUUGCGACGUUUAAUUCAUGAAGAUUUCCAUGCAGUUGUUGCUAAAAUGACUAUCAUUGACACUUUUCUUUUCCUCAUUGUGCACUCCGUCGAUAAGCUAGGGUUAUGGCCUAAGUUACCUGUGUUUUUAGGUCUUUUUUAUUUGGCUAUACGCCGGCACCUGCACCAGGAGUAUAACUUAUUAAAUGUAGGCAGAACUCCGGUUGGCGUUCGCUUUAAUCCGGCGGAUUUUCCUUAUAGAACAGCUGAUGGACAAUUCAAUGAUCCCUUCAAUGAAGCUGCAGGCAGCCAAGGAACUUUCUUUGGCCGGAACAUGCUCCCGGUUGUCCAGAAAAAUAAGCUGACGAAGCCAGAUCCAAUGGUGGUAGCGACAAAACUUCUAGCUCGGAGAAAGUUUAUUGACACAGGAAAGCAAUUCAAUAUGAUAGCAGCUUCUUGGAUUCAAUUCAUGAUCCAUGAUUGGAUUGAUCACUUGGAGGAUACCAACCAGCUGACUGCCCCUACAGAAGUUGCAAGUCAAUGUCCUCUUAGUUCUUUCAAGUCUACAAGAACAAAAGGAAGUUCCCACGGUGGCUUUUAUGAUAUAAAGACUGUGUACUUUUGAACACCCGCACCCCUUUGGGAUGGAAGUGCUAUAUAUGGAAGCAAUGCAGAAAGAUUGCACAAGGUAAGAACAUUUAAAGAUGGGAAGCUCAAAAUUUCAGAAAAUGGACUUCUCCUUCAUGACCAAGAUGGAAUUGCUCUAUCGGGAGAUGUUCGGAAUAGUUGGAUUGGUGUUUCCACCUUGCAGGCCCUCUUUAUCAAGGAGCACAAUGCAGUUUGCGAUGUUCUUAAGAAGGAAUAUCCAGAUUUAAGUGAUGAAGAGUUAUACAGGCAUGCAAGAUUGGUAACAUCUGCUGUAAUUGCGAAGAUUCACACCAUUGAUUGGACCGUCGAACUUCUGAAAACUGAUACAUUAUUGGCAGGAAUGCGCGCCAAUUGGUAUGGAUUGCUGGGAAAGAAAUUUAAGGACACAUUUGGGCACGUUGGAGGAGCCAGUUUAGGAGGUCUCGUAGGUUUAAAGAAACCAGAAAAUCAUGGUGUCCCAUAUUCCUUAACUGAAGAAUUUGUGAGUGUAUAUAGAAUGCACUCACUUAUGCCUGAUCAUCUGGCCCUCAGAGACAUUUCAACUACUCCUGGAUCCAACAAAUCUCUCCCAUUAAUCAAAGAGAUCCCUAUGGAAAACCUGAUAGGCCACAAAGGAGAGAAGGUUUUAGAAGAGAUUGGAUUUACUAAACAAAUGGUUUCAAUGGGUCACCAAGCUUCUGGAGCCCUGGAGCUCUGGAAUUAUCCCAUGUGGCUAAGGGAUGUUAUACCACAGGACAUCAAUGGCCAUGAUAGGCCUGAUCGUGUGGACCUACCAGCUCUUGAAGUUUACAGGGACAGGGAAAGGAAUGUUGCAAGGUAUAAUGAGUUCCGUAGGUCAAUAUUGUUAAUACCCAUAUCCAAAUGGGAAGAUCUGACGGAUGACGAAGAAGCAAUUCAAGUACUGAAUGAGGUGUACGGUGAUGAUGUGGAAGAACUUGAUCUUCUAGUGGGCCUUAUGGCAGAAAAGAAAAUCAAAGGAUUUGCCAUUAGUGAGACUGCUUUUAUCAUAUUCCUUGUAAUGGCAACCAGGAGGUUAGAGGCUGACAGAUUUUUCACAAGCAAUUUCAAUGAGGAAACAUACACAAAGAAAGGAUUUGAAUGGGUAAAUACUACAGAGAGUCUAAAAGAUGUAUUAGAUCGUCAUUACCCAGAAAUGACAAAGAAAUGGAUGAACUCUGCAAGUGCUUUCUCUGUUUGGGAUUCACCUCCUACUGCUAAAAAUCCUAUCCCAAUCUAUUUUCGCGUUCCAAAGUAGUUUUUUGCAUUUUAAAUAAAAUGGUGGUGAAGAAAGGUAUAUACAUUUGUGUAUAUAUGUAGGAUUAACACCUCACCAGCCAUCCACAGUUCUAUCAACUGAAUUCCCUUAUUUGUUUUUUUUUUUUUUAAGAGAAAUUUCCUUAUUUGUUGUAUCAUGAAAUACUCUCUGUAUUAUUUGAAAUACUCUCUGUAUUAUUUGAUUAAUAAAUCGAUGAAGGAUUAAUUGCAAA